AUGUUGCUGCCGCCGGGAUUUCGUUUUCGGCCCUUUGAUGAAGAGCUUAUAAUCCAGUAUUUGUUGAAGAAAGUCAGGGGAGAAGAAUUGCCAUGGGAGGGUAUCCAUGAGUUUGAUAUAUAUGGAGACAAAGCCCCCUGGGAAAUCUUUGACGAUAUUGUUUAUGGUCAGGAGGAGGAGAAGCAUUACCUGUUUACAAGGCUAAAGAAAAUCAAUAAACGCGUGACAAGAACAGCUGGCUGUGGGACUUGGCAUGAAAACUCUUGUAACCAAAUAUACGACGAUCAAGGUCAACAUGUGAUUGGACUCAACAAGCAGUUCUGUUUCAAUGUAAAACAGGAAUCGCGCAUGAAGAAAUCCAAGUGGAUUAUGCAUGAGUUUUCCCUGGCGGGUGUCUUAUUGGAACAGUGUACCACCUGGGUUCUAUGCACCGUCAAUAAAAAGGGACCAGUAACAAAAGGAGGGGUCAAAAGAUGUUUUGAGGAUGUUCACGUUCCUCACACCAUCAUCUCAACAUCUGUUGAAGCCCCAACUCCAUGCCUUGAAAGCCCCCAGUUGCUACUUGGGGAUGGAACCCAGCUGAGAAAAAGGAUGCGUUGUGAUGUCCAAUCCGAUGUGCUUCAAGCCUCUGAGAUUCCAUUAUCAUUAGGAAGCUCUCAAUCUGAAGUCACACUCUCACCGAAUUCGGUGGAUUUUGGGGAAGACAAUACUGAGACCACAGAUUUGGAAACCCAAAUGGGCUGUAUAGCAACCAAUGACACUGCUGAUUCUGAGUUUUAUGCAUCCGAACUAGGAAUGUUUGCAUCUAAAUCUUUAUUGCCACAGAAUUUUGUGGAUAGUGGAGAAGACAUGGGAAACAAUACUCAGACGACUGAUUUGGAAACCCACAUGGGUUGUCUACCAAGCGAUGAUAAUAACGCUGAUUCUGAUUUUUAUGCUUUAUAUGGUUAUCUCCCACCACCAUCUACUCCAGAGAGGGAGCAUCUGCCACUUGAUACAUGGAAGGAUAUUUGCAAUGAUGAGUUCUUUCGUUCUUUAUUUGCUUAG